AAUUGUCAACCCAAAAUCACUGGUGGGAAGCUGAUCGGCUGCGGUUCGGCUCACGAUUUCUACACUUCUUCUAGGGUUUCGAUUCCAAGCGAUCAUGUCUACAAAAUCAGGUUGCGCAGUUUACAUAGGUAAUUUGGAUGAGAGGGUAAGCGAGAGGGUUUUGUAUGAUAUUCUGAUUCAGGUAGGGAGGGUGGUGGACUUAUACAUCCCUCGUGACAAGGAAACUGAACGGCCAAAAGGUUAUGCCUUCGCAGAAUAUGAGACAGAGGAAAUUGCAGAAUAUGCUGUCAAGCUUUUCUCUGGCCUUGUGACAUUGUACAACCGAACCCUGAAAUUUGCGAUUUCUGGGCAAGAUAAGCCCUCACCAGCAGCAAUCACCCCAAGACACCAUGUACCAUAUAACAAUAUGGAAAGUUCUCAACACUCCAUGGGGUUGAAAACGCCUUGCAGAUUAUCGGCUCACCCCGUAAAUAAUGCACAAGCAUCCUCUGAUGUGUUACACCAACCUAAUAGGAAUAGUUCACAACAUGAUGGCAACAAUUAUGACUACAGUCGAAGAGUUUUUGGUGCAACAUUGGAUAACAUUAGCCGCUCUAGGUCAAGAUACUAUGAUUCCAGUAGUCCAAUCACAUAUCCCUCUUACUAAUUUGCUGCAGAUGAAUUAGGGAGUAACCCUUCUCUGAGGCCUAAAAUGCUUCUCUUUUUUAUUUAAGUAGCAUACCUGCUGUGUAAAUCGAAGGUUAGUGGAAGACGCUUGAUUGUGGUUAGUUUUCUUCUGUAGUUAGUCCUGCUAAUAGGUGUACUGGGUUAUGUCAUUGUUAUGCUUCUCAUAGUUAGACUUUUGAUGUUGUGUUUCUUCUUUUACUCAUGUAAAGAUGUUAGAAGUUUUCUUCAUCUUAAAAAGCAUGCUUUUGUACUAAGUUUUGUCGGAGCUGUGAUGGGUUUGGCCAUGACACAGAAGUAUCCAUUGUUAUGAUUGGUUGUGUCAA